AUGUCUUUCUUCUUUGGAAGCAAGAAGCAGAAGCCCCUCGAGCCUGUGUCAUCCAGUGCUGCGAGUCCCGGGGCACCCCUCGAACUCGUGAGGUAUUCUACGGCUACGGGCAAGUUUGAAGUUCCUAACGAAGCUUUAGAGGUCCUGCGAAGCAUCAAUGGACCGGUGGGAGUGGUAUCAGUGUGCGGGCGUGCAAGACAGGGCAAGUCUUUCAUUUUGAACCAGCUGCUGGGACAGAGCACUGGAUUCACCGUGGGGCCUACCCACAGGCCCUGCACCAAGGGGCUAUGGAUGUGGUCCACACCCGUGGAGCAGCGAGCCCCAGACGGUUCCAAGUAUCACCUGGUGUUGCUCGACACAGAAGGCAUUGAUGCGUACGACCAGACGGGCCAGUACAGCACGCAGAUCUUCUCCCUAGCGGUGCUGCUGUCCAGCCUGUUUGUCUACAAUCAGAUGGGUGGCAUCGAUGAGGCUGCACUGGACCGCCUGUCCCUGGUCACAGAGAUGACCAAGCACAUCCGCGUUCGUGCCGGGAGCGCUGGAGGUAGUUCAGAGGAUGAGCUGUCCAACUUCACGCCAUCUUUCAUGUGGCUGCUGCGUGACUUUUACCUGACCCUCGAAGAGGAGGGCCGCACGAUUACACCCAAAGAGUACCUGGAGACUGCCUUGCAGCCUAUCAGGGGUCAGGGCCGCUCAGUGGAGGCUAAAAAUGCUAUCAGGGAGUCCAUCAAGGCGCUGUUCCCCAAUCGGGACUGCUUUGCGCUGAAGCGCCCCAUGAGCGACGAGAACCAGCUCUCACGUCUGGAGACAGUGCCGCCAUCCCAGCUGCGCCCAGAAUUCCGAGAGGGUCUGGAGCGACUGACGAAGCUAAUCUUUGCGCGGGCUCAACCCAAGCGGCUGGGGCCUCAGAUCAUCUCCGGGCCCAUGCUGGCUGGCCUGGCGAGCGCAUAUGUUGAAGCCAUCAACAACGGCGCUGUGCCCACCAUCUCAACCGCCUGGCAGGGCGUGGCAGAGGCAGAGAGUCGGCGCGCGGCAGACGCUGCAGAGCAGGCCUAUCGGGACGCGUUCAACCGUGACAUCAGCGCAGAUGAGGGGCAGCUGGAUGCAGAGCAUGCACGCGCCCUCGCAGUCGCCCAGUCUGUUUUCAACGACAAAGCCGUUGGUGAGGACAGCGUGCGGGUGGCGAAUGCAAAGCGCUUUCACGAGAGGUGCCAGCGCGAUUUUGAGGCCUUCCGCAAGGAGCGCCUGGCCAGCGGCGAGCUGGAGUGUCAGAAGCUCAUCAACGCUGCUCAGGCCCACCUCACACAGGUGACAAUCCUGCAAGGCGCAGCUUGGAUGCUUUUGACAAGUGCUCCUGAUUGGGCUGCCAAAAGGAAUGGCUUGUAUCGGCCCAUCAAAUUUUGCUGGGCAAAAUGUAAUGCAGACUCUUCAUACACUAUUGCGGCGCUGGUUCGUUCGUUCAUCCGUUCGGCGCAGUCAUCUCAGUGCUUGUGA